AUGCGGGGCCUCGCCCGCUGCGCCUUGCUCGUCGCAGCGCGCGCGGCCCUGGGCUUCCAGUUCCUGGAGGCUGGCCACCAGAGCCUCAGUUCGGGCGCGGACGGGCUCGACACCGCCGAGGGCGAGACGUCCUCGGCCGCCCUGGACGAGAUCAGCGCGGUUCAGUCCUCGGCCGCCCUGGACGAGAUCAGCGCGCCGCAGCCGCAGCCCUCCAUCGCCCUGGUCGGGAUCGGCGCACAGCAGCAGCAGUCCGACCAGGGCCGCGGCGCCGAGCGGGCGCACGGUGAGGCCCUGAUCGCGCGGCUCGGCGGCGAGGCGAGGGAGCGGCUCAGGAGGCUGGCGGGCGCCAGCGACGACGCGGCCCUGGCCGCGGCGGUGUUCCCCACGCCGGCCGAGGACAGGCCGCUGCUGGUGGCGCCCCCUCACCUGCGCAGCCGGCAGCAGCCCGCUUCCGCGCAGGCAAGCCUCCUCGGCCUCGGGGCCGCCCACGCAGAGGCCGAGGGCGGCAGCCGGUCGGCCGCGGGGUCGGCCGGCUCCGGCGCGGGCGCGGGGGAGUUCGCGCCCUCCGCCGAGUUCCAGGCCGCCGAGGCCUCCGGCGGCGGGGACCGUGCCAGCAGUGCCGCCGAGGCCGCGGCCGAGGCCGCGGCCGGGCUGCCCUGGGGGGUCGGCUCGCCCCGCACCGGCGACUCGCUGCCCGUCUACCACUACUCUGCCAUGCCGGCCAUCGACGGCCCCAAGGAGUGGGAGUACAGCCUGGAGAGCGGGGACAACAUCCAGAGCUUCAGCGGCGCGCAGCAAGACGUGAAGCUGCUGACGCAGGUCUUCGAGAACGUCACCAACGGCUUCUACGUGGACUCCAAUGCUGGGGACGGCGAGGCCAACAGCAACACGCUGCUGCUCGAGCUCGCCGGCUGGCGCGGCCUCAUCAUGGAGCCACGCCCCUACUGGUACCUGAACCUGUGGAGCAAGUGGCGCAAGGCCUGGCUCUUCCUCGGGUGCCUUUCCCCGCACGAGAACUCCACAAAGAUCGGCUUCGACACUGACGGCAACAUCGACAUGCUGAGCGGGCACAUGAUCCACGCCCACCCAAUGAAGGCCUUCAUGGCCGAGAUGGGCGGGCGCAAGACGAUCGACUUCUGGAACCUGCACAGCGGCAACUACGAGGCCGAAAUUCUGAACGAGACUCUGCUGGGCUCCGGCGGCUUCCUCGAGUUCGGCGUCGUCCUUGUCCGCUUUGACGGCCGUCGCGCGGGGCGCGGGACGGAGGCGUACGUGCAGAUGAGGUCGAGGGACGCCACCGAGGAGCUCAUCUUCGAGAUCUGCCACAACGCCAGCCUGACGCACAUCGGCGGCCUCGACCCGUACUGGAUCAACCACGUCGAGCCGCGCUACGGGUUCAGGGACGAGGUCUGGGUGAACCCGAGGUACUUCGAGAGUCGAGGGAUCCCGACGCCCGCGACGAUCAAGUCGGCGCCGCCGCCUGCGCUGGCCGGCUACUCCCCUGCAGCGGAGGACUUCCCGUGGGACUCCGGCUACAGCAGGGUUGAGGAGAUCGGCAAGGUCAAGCUGUACUUCAACAAGAGUAAGUCAGAUGCGGCCCUGAUGGAGCCGCUCCCGAAGGCCCACCGCGUAGGCGCGACGAAGUUGGUCUACUAG